UUUUUCAAUUUCUAUAAUAUUCUUUGAAUAUCAACAAGUGUAGGCCUCCGGUAUUUCAGCCCUCCAUUCCAAUAAAGACCCCUCCAUUGUUUUCUCCACUACACACCUUUUUGCUCUCUUCUCUCUUCUCUCUUCUCUCUUCUCUUCUAUACCGCUUAAGAAUUUUUAAGAUCUGAGAUAUGGGUAGUUCAGGAGAUGCAUGGAAAUUGAAGGACCAUCCUAAGCUUCCUAAGGGAAAGACCGUUGCUGUUAUCGUUUUGGAUGGUUGGGGUGAGGCUAAACCAAAUGAGUAUAACGCUAUCUCUGUUGCCGAAACUCCUGUUAUGGACUCACUCAAGAAGGGUGCUCCUGAACAUUGGAGAUUGAUUAAGGCACAUGGAAAUGCUGUGGGGCUUCCCACUGAGGAUGAUAUGGGUAACAGUGAAGUUGGUCACAAUGCUCUUGGUGCUGGAAGGAUCUUUGCUCAAGGUGCAAAGCUUGUUGACCUAGCCCUUGCCUCUGGGAAAAUCUACGAUGGAGAAGGUUUCAAAUACGUUCAAGAAUGUUUUGAGAAAGGAACUCUGCACCUUAUUGGUCUCGUGAGUGAUGGGGGUGUCCACUCCAGGCUUGACCAAUUGCUGUUGCUGCUGAAAGGUGCUGCUGAGCGUGGUGCCAAAAGAAUUCGUGUCCAUGCCCUCACUGAUGGACGUGAUGUUCUGGAUGGUUCUAGUGUGGGCUUCAUGGAGACCCUCGAGAAUGAUCUAGCAAAAUUACGUGGACAAGGUGUUGAUGCCCGGGUUGCAUCUGGUGGAGGUCGCAUGUAUGUUACCAUGGAUCGUUAUGAGAAUGACUGGGAUGUCGUAAAAAGAGGUUGGGAUGCACAAGUUCUUGGUGAGGCUCCACACCAUUUCAAGGAUCCCGUUGAGGCAAUUAAGAAGUUGAGGCAGGAACCCAAUGCCAAUGAUCAAUACUUAGCCCCUUUUGUUAUUGUUGAUGAUAAUGGAAAGUCUGUUGGUCCUAUUUUGGAUGGUGAUGCUGUUGUGACUUUCAACUUCAGAGCAGAUCGUAUGGUCAUGCUUGCAAAGGCCCUUGAAUAUGAGAAUUUCGAUAAAUUUGAUCGUGUACGAGUCCCUAAAAUCCAUUAUGCUGGUAUGCUCCAAUAUGACGGUGAAUUGAAGCUUCCAAGCAAAUACCUUGUUUCUCCUCCAGAGAUUGACAGGACAUCUGGGGAGUAUCUAGUGCGCAAUGGUAUUCGGACUUUUGCUUGCAGCGAGACCGUUAAAUUUGGUCAUGUCACCUUCUUUUGGAAUGGAAAUCGUUCUGGGUAUUUUGACGAGAAAUUGGAAGAGUAUGUGGAAAUUCCAAGUGACAGUGGGAUUACAUUUAAUGUUAAGCCAAAAAUGAAGGCACUGGAGAUUGCUGAAAGGGCUAGGGAGGCCAUCCUUAGCCACAAAUUUGACCAGGUACGUGUGAACUUACCUAACAGUGAUAUGGUGGGCCAUACUGGUGACAUCAAAGCAACAAUUGAAGCUUGCAAGGCUGCCGAUGAUGGUGUCAAGAUGAUCCUUGAUGCUAUUGAGCAAGUGGGUGGAAUUUUCCUUGUUACUGCUGACCAUGGAAAUGCUGAAGAUAUGGUUAAGAGAAACAAGAAGGGAGAGCCAUUACUUGACAAAAAUGGAAACAUUCAGAUUCUCACUUCUCACACUCUCGAACCUGUUCCUAUUGCAAUUGGUGGUCCUGGACUUAUACCUGGUGUGAGAUUCCGCACAGAUCUCCCCACCGGUGGACUUGCAAAUGUUGCUUCAACCUUUAUGAAUCUGCACGGAUACGAGGCGCCUAGCGAUUACGAGCCAACCUUGAUCGAGGUUGUGGACAACUAGAUAAUCUCAUAGACCUUAGGGUUGAAGUUUUGGCGCAAGGAGAAAGCGAUAAUGACCAUUCUACACUUUAUUUAUUUGAAUAAGACAUUUUUAAGCUUAUAUCAACAGAGGUUGACAUUCUACCACGUGGCCUGUGAUGAUGCUAUGAUGGAAGAGUGUGAUAUACUGUUCAUUUUAAACCCUGUUGUCUUUCAAGGCAUAACUUCGAGUUUCUGUUUUUUGGUGAACAAGAAUUCUUAAUCUUUGGCAGAAAUAUAUAUUAGUUGUUUGAUGCUCUA